AUGCCGUAAAACACUUUGUCCGACCUGCCAGUGAAGAGAGAGACAGAAGGCCUUAAAGCUUUUAAAUCUAUAGACGAUGAAAGUAGGGUUAUCUAAACGCACUUUCAUCUUAUAGACAGUUAUUUUUGGGUUUCCUCACGAUGAUCAUAGAGAAUGUUGACGCCUUGAAGUCGUGGCUGGCAAAACUCCUGGAGCCAAUAUGUGAUGCUGACCCCUCGGCAUUAGCCAACUAUGUGGUGGCUCUUGUGAAGAAGGACAAACCAGAGAAAGAGCUGAAAGCUCUCUGUGCUGAUCAGCUUGAUGUCUUCCUACAAAAAGAUACAGUUGGAUUUGUCGAUAAACUUUUUGAAUGUCUGACAACCAAGAACUACCUGGGAAAUCCACCUGCUAAGGAGCCACCUAAAGAGGAGAUCAAACCUCCACUUACAAUCAAACCUGAAGUAGUAGAGGCUGAAACUCCAGAGGAGGAGAGAGAAAACAGGCGCAGGAGAAGUCCUCUGAGAAACCGCUCCGACUUCAAUGAGCCGAGGAGCAGAGAUGACAGGAGGCGAGAUGAGCGCAAGCGACGUGACUUCGACCGGCACGGGAAAAGCGGCAAUGACUCCCACCGAGAACGGGAGCGCCACGAGCGGCGCAGGGGGAGCCCCCGCGGGAGGAGUUACAGCCGGAGCCGAAGCCGGAGCAGAAGCAGGAGCGGCAGUCGAGGAAAGAGCAGGGACAGGGAGCACAGAGGAGGAAGAGACUUCAAGUCAAAGUUCGAGUCGGAACGUAAGGACACCGACUGCUACAACUCUUCAACAACAUCAGGCCCGCCGCAGCAACAUCCACCGCCUCUUCUGCCUCUGCCCACACCUCCGCACCCCUUCUCUUCCUCUUCCUCUGUAGGAGUACCAGGAGCCGGAGGCCCUCCUGUAGCAACGCCCGCUCACCUGCCUGAUAGCACCACAGACAGCUGGUCAGGCUAUUACGGCACCCAGAGGCAAGAUGGUGUGGUGAAGCCAUUCAACAAUAAGGUUUCUUCUCUCAAACAGCGGUGCAGGGAUUACGAUGAAAAAGGAUUUUGUGUCCGUGGAGAUCUGUGUCCAUUCGACCAUGGCAACGAUCCUCUCAUUGUGGAUGAUGUCAAUCUACCCAACAUGAUUCCCUUCCCACCUCCACCCGUUAUGCCCCCUGCUGGCCUCCCGAUGCCCCCCAUCACUGAGCCACCCCCUCCCCUCAGGAUGCCUUCAAUGCCACCCCCACCCUAUGGCCAGCCACCACCACCAGGCGUUUUCCCCAUGACUGGACCCCCACUGAUAGUAACCAGUGGGAUUGACACCCCAAACCACCAAUCGGCUAUCACUUCCUCUCCUCCUAUUGGACCACCUGGUGUGGGACUGCCGCCUACUCUUCCUCCUCCUCCUCCACCUCCUCCUCCCUCCUCGUCCUCUUCUGUGUCUCUUCGUCCCCAAUAUGUCCAGUCUGAAUAUAACUAUGAUCCAGAGGGAUAUAACCCAGAAUCCCCAGGCCUGACUACAGCAGGUAGGAACCCGUACCGGCAGUUCAUUCCCCGGGUGCAGACUCAACGCUCUAACCUCAUUGGCCUCACAUCCAACGAAGGACAAGGCUCCAGAGCUGCCAACAUAGUGAUCCAGACAGAGCCUGCCACUGUAGCAAGCACUCCUGGAAGUAACGUGCCCCGCUUCAACACAGAGCAGGACAACAGGAAGAGAACCAUGGGACCCAGUACAGCUGAGGGACCUGCAGUUAAAAAACCCUGGAUGGAGAAGCCAGGCUUUAACAACCAACACAAGAGCAGCUUUCCAAAGAGGUAUCACUAUGUGAACACUAAGCUGGAGGUGCGCAAGAUCCCACGUGAACUCAACAACAUCACCAAGCUGAAUGAACACUUCAGCAAGUUUGGAACCAUCGUUAAUAUUCAGGUGGUGUUUGGAGGAGACCCAGAGGCAGCAUUGAUCCAGUACACAAAGAAUGAAGAGGCCAGAAGGGCCAUAUCCAGCAUCGAAGCAGUCCUCAACAACCGCUUCAUUCGUGUCUAUUGGCACCGUGAGCCUGGCUCCAACGCCACAGGGCCUCAGCAGCAGGAGCAGAGCUCAGGGAGUCAGGCAGCUGGAACAGCACCCAGCCAAGCGCCGCAGCACAGCAACAUUCAUAAGGGAAUCAAGCAGCACAAUCCUGCUGCUUACGUGUUGAACAAUACUCUACCUAAGCAUCGCCUUUCAGCAGGCCCGACAGCUCCAACCAAGCAAGACAGCCUGAACCCAAAUGCAGACGCUGUCACUGUGGCACCUACACUGACAAACGCCCAGAAGGGCCCCUACUCAUCCACAGCCCAUAAGUCCUCCUCAAAGAGCCUUGGGAAAACAGGAAAAGCACUAGAAGCACAGGAAGUCCUCAAGAAGAAGCAGGAGGCAUUAAAACUACAGCAGGACAUGCGAAAGCAGAAGCAAGAGAUGUUGAAGACACAGAUUGAGUGUCAGAAGGUCUUGAUAAACCGCCUUGAGAAGAACCGAGGGAUGAAACCUGAGGAGAGGGCCAACAUCAUGAAGACUCUGAAGGAGCUGACCGAGAAGAUCGCACAGCUGCAGAAUGAAAUGAACCCAGCCUCCCAGGUCCCCAGCGCAAAAUCCAACCACAACCAGCCUAAGACCAAGAUUGAUGCCCAGAAGGAAUUGCUGGAUGCUGAGCUAGACUUUCACAAGAAGAUGAUCUCUGGAGAGGAUACAACUGAUCUCAAGAGAAAACUAGGACAGCUACAAGUGGAGGCCACUCGGCUGGGACUGAUUCGGGCUCCUGGCGGUCGGGGACGGGGUCGAGGUAAGAUGGCGCUGGAGCCAGGUUCGAUGCACGUGGGUCGUGGAAGGGGACGCAGCCGGGACAUGAUGGCUCGCAGCGGCUCUGUGAACCGCAUGGUGGUCGACCACAGACCUAGAGCUCUGGCUAUUUUGGGUGUCACUCAGGAGGAGAAGGAAGAGCUGAUGCCACACUUUGUGAAAUUUGGUGACAUCGAGGAUAUCCGUGACCAAGAUGCAAACACCGUCAUUAUGACCUUUAAGACAAGAAGUGAAGCAGAGAAUGCCGCUAACCAGGGAGCGAAGUUCAAAGGUCGUGUUCUGCAGAUUUCCUGGUACAAGCCCAAGACGCCCUCCGUUACGACAGAGCCAGAGGAGGAGGAGUCUAAAGAUGAGGACAAUACGAAGGAAGCUAGCUCUUACCUGCCUGGUGAGGAGGAAGAGGAGGAGGAGGAAGAGGAUGAUGAUGAAGACGACGAGUACGAGAGUCGUUCUUGGAGACGAUGAAGGCGUCGUAAUGCUCUCAAGGAGAAUCAGUCGUCAUUUUUUUUCACCGCCUGCAGAGAAAAACAACACAACAGAGCUCAACACUUCUUUUCUUUUUUUUUUUGUGUUCCUUUCCAGUAUUUUCAAACAAAGUAAUUUUAGACUAAUCAUAGUAAACGCUUCCUUUACUGUCUCGUACAUGAGAAGAAGUGUGGAGGGACGACUCUUUUUGUACCCCUCGACUAAACAAUUAUUUAAAACAUCUCACUUUUGCUGAGAAGAAUAAAUGUUAAGUUGUUCUUAUAGAUAGAAAACCCUAUGUAAGUUUCAGUGUGCUUACCAGAUGAUAGAUAUCAGUAAUGCACAACAUUUGUGUCUACUGUGAAUAGGUAUUUUUAUACAUACUGUAUUUAAGCUCUUUUCUCACCAGUUUUUGAAAAAUCUUGUCCUCUAUUCAGGGACAGCCAUUCCUUCACCAAAAGAACGUUCUCUUUGUCAACCAGAGAGAUAUUAAUUUAUUUUUCCUCUUAAGAAUUGCACUGUGCUGAACCUGUAUUGGCGCACAAUAUGGUGUGGUUUUUACAUUUCACUUUCCUCUCAUAGUAUCUUUCGGUAACUCCAAAAUGUUAAAGGAUCCAGAUAUUUUUGACAGCGCAGUCUCUGUCCUGGCAUGAAUACAUGCUAGUUUGUGCAUGUUGUAUUCCUACAUAAACCAGGGCCACACCUGAUACUGUACCCUGACUAUUUAAGAGCCCGUGUAGGUACAGAAGGACAUCAGUGCAAUAGAAAAAUCCAAACUAUGUUUACAAAUGGCAGUGUCCAUUCACGUCACAUACAGUCUUGUAGUAAAUACUAAACAUUUCCCAUCUUGUAUUUUGUCGCUCAGUUAAUGUUCAGUCCCACUCGGUGUAACAAUUGGCACCUUCACAGGGGUUCUACAUUUGCUAAGAGUGUGUAACAUUUUCCACUUGUGUCGUUCUUUCUCCUGGUCAUCCAAAGGGCCUGACAGGACAAGGAUCUGAUCAUCCAUUUCAGAAAUGUGAGAUCUAAAGACAGGUGUUUGAAUGUAACAUGGAGGAGUUGAUUUUAAUAUAUAUAAAUAUAAUUUCUUUGCCUUACACAAUCAGCUGAUGGCUGAAUUUUUACAAGAUUUGUGAUUUACUUUUGUAAAUUUUGUAAAUGCUUGAAAGAGAAAUUACUGUUGUUUUUUUUUGUUUUUUUGAUUUUCGUUACAUAUUUCAUUUUUUUUUAAAAGGCAAAGUUCUGUCAAGUAGGAAAGGUAAAGCAAGAGUGCUCUCAACUCUGCUUGUCCGGAAGGUUUUGAGUAUUUUUUCUUUAUUUUUUUGUUGAGCCAGUCCACGCUGUUAUUUCACUCAAUUUGUGAUUAAAGUCGCACAUGUUUUUCAAAGUAUCUCUCCCGAGAUGCUCUGAGCGAUGGAAAACUCUGGGAGUCAUGCACCUCACCAUUUCUUUUGUGCAUUAGUGCAGCUAUGCCUCUAUCUGAACACUGUCAGACAGGACUCCUACAAUGUGCACAUUUCAUGACAAAUGCUUCUUUUCUUUCCUUUUUUUUUUUUUUGCCUUCUCUACAUUUACUGUAUUUUAGAAUACUAAUGGUGGGAGGAAUCACAUUCAUUAAAUCUGUAUUUUAACAGCUCAGUGCAGGUAUUUAAAUGGAGGACAUCUCUGUUAUUUCCCCUGAAACCAAUAACUAUGUUUACAUGCAGCCUGAUGAAGCGUUGUUUGAUGUAUGCUCAUCAUUACUCAACUUAACCGAUCAUAUCUGGUAACCAGCCUUUACAGACAUGCAGAUAUUUGCCUGCAUGUGUAGAAAGUCACUAACAGACUUUACAUACCAAUUAUCUCCUUUGUUCUCUGGCUUCAAAAGUAAAAGAUGCAGACCAGUUUGAAAAUGUAAUUUCCUCCCACCUAUAUUGUUAGUAGCACUCUUGGUUGGAUUGCAUAUCUCACUGUGGACUGAUGACUGACAUAGCCCCCCCCCCCUGCCAGUGACCUCAUAUUCCCAUUUAAACCUCAGCUCAUGUUUUGGACAUAGCACAAAGAGGCCCUCAUGCAAUGGAAAGCUGAAGCAUUUUUCCAUUGGCACUUUGUAGUUUAAGAUGUUUUCCUCACAGAUAUUUGUUUCUUUAAAUGAAGUCUCUGGCAGUUCAAAAAAAAUCCCAUACUGCUUGUGUACAUGAGAAUUCAAGGAAGGUCUUGCUCCCACUUUUUGUACUAUCUUCUGUAUGCUACCAUCACACAAUGGUGUAAAAACAUGUAAAAUGUUUAUUGAAUAAUAGUUUUGGAUUUGUUACUGUUUAUAUUUGCAGGAUGUGGAUGUAUUUUCUUCAUGUAUUUUGUUUGUAAAAAAAAAUGGAUUUCUAAUUUACUAGCAUGUUUGCUUUUGCCAAUAAAGAUGGAGGAAUGGGGUGCUUGUAAAACCAACAAAGGAAGGAAAAGAAAAGAAAAAAACACAAUCUGACUAGGAUCUUGGAGAGAGAAAAAAAAGAGAAAAGAUCAUUUUUUUAGUUACAGAAAAAAAAAUUGACCAAAAAAAGAAGGUGACAUUGGCAAUGGAAAAAAAAAAGCGAGCAAAAGCAUUCCAGAAAAUAUAACCUUAAA